GGGAUUGUUGCAAACAGGGAUUUGCAGCAGAGGGGAAAGAAAGAAAGGGGGCAGUGGCACUCAGUGACAGAGUGCUAUACACACUCACAUGCGCACACUCACACACUCUCUGUUUCCUCUGUGUCUCUCUCCAAACGUGUCAGUCAACCAGUCAGUUGAUUAUUUUUGUGUGUGUGUGUGUGGUGGGGGGAUGUUGAAAAGAACUCGAUACCAUCCUUCAUCUCUAUGACCGACGGACAAGAGAUACAGAGACAAGGACACUGGGACAAACAGUUUCUCACAGAGGAAACUCACCGACCAGUCUACUUCCUGACAUCACCACUGCUGCUGUCUAUGAGCUGCACUGAGGCAGAGGAGUGGACCUUCCAACAAUCCUGACACACGGAAAAACCCUGUUGAAGCUCCACCAGCAGCAGCAGCAGCAGCAGCAGCAAACACCAUGUCCUCUCCUUCCCUCCCCAUGCCUUCUCUCCCCCCCAGCCCUCUGGCCAUGGAAUACCUAAACGACUUUGACCUCCUCAAGUUUGAGGUAAAACCUGACACUCCUCCGCUCCCUCCUCCAUGUUCGUAUCCCAAAUCUGGCCUUCCUCAUGACCCCUCCAGCUCUCCGUACACCAGCCACCCUCCGCAGGACUCUAGUUUGAGCUCCAGCCCUUACAACUCGCUGCCACCCUCGCCAACUCUCAGCGACACCCACCCGCCACCUUCGGGCUCUUCCUCCCUCUCUUCAUCGUCCUCGUCCAUCUCCUUCCCCCUCUCCAUCUCCAACAGCUUCACAUCCGGCAUCAGCUCCGGCUCUCAGGGGAACGUGGAAGGCAGCCCGGCCCACGGUGGGCCUCAGGGUCCCACCCCAGCCUCCCUUGAGGACCUGAUCUGGCUGGCGGCACUGCAGCAACAGUUUGGAGGUGAGGUGACAGGGCCCGCCACUUUGCUGGGAGCCUUGGGAGGAGUGCCAGAGCGAGGGGACAGAGAGAGGGGGCCGGUCAAUGGCUUUCUAGGCUGUGAGGAUGCUGUGGAGGCGUUACUGAACUCAGCUGCUGCAGCUGUCAGCUCGCAGUUCCCAGGUCUUUCUCAGAGUUCAAGCAGCAACCUGGGAGACUCGAGCAGCGACAGUGGAGGAGACAUCUCCUGCGCUAAAGGGACAGACAUGUGCCAUCGCCCGCUUGUCUUCCUCUCCUCGGCCCAGCCUUCGCUUCCCAAUGCCACCCCUGCCUCGGCUCCCUACCCGCAACCCCUCAGCCCCCAGGGCCGCCUUCAUCACCACCAGCAUCACCAUCAUCAGCACCAUCCGCACCACCCCAUGCAUGGCAGCCAUCAUCAUCAUCACCACCCACAAAUGAGUCAGUGCGGGAUGAACGAACGCUUCUCUGAUGAGCAGCUGGUGAGCCUGUCGGUGCGGGAGCUGAACCGACACCUGCGUGGAGUGAGUAAGGAUGAGGUGGUGCGCUUGAAGCAGAAACGCCGCACGUUAAAGAACCGUGGCUAUGCGCAGUCCUGCCGCUACAAGCGCUUACAGCACCGCCACGCUCUGGAGUCAGAGAAACAUGUGCUCACACAACAGUUGGAACAGCUACAGUGUGAGCUGACUCGAGUGCUGCGAGAGAGAGACGCCUACAAGGCUCGUUACGAGAAGCUCAUCAGCACAAAUCACAGCAUCGGUGGUGGCGACGCCCCACCGACCCGCACCAGCAACCCACCUUCCCCGCCCCCUGACUACUUCCUCUGAGUUGAACCCACAGGGAGAGGAAGAAGAAAGGAAAGAAAAGAACUAGAGGAAUGAGUAACAAGACCAGCCAACAUGGAGCAAUCAAUGAUGAGUAAUCAGACUUGGGGAAGAAAACAAGGAUGUGUAUGUGUGUGUGUGUGUGUGUGUGUGUGUGUGUGUGUGUGUGUGUGUGUGUGUGUGUGUGUGUGUGUGUGUGUGUGUGUGUGCAUGUGUUUGUGUGUGCGAGAGAAAGUGAAAGAGAGACAUUGGCAGGCAGUUCUGAGGGCUAUACAACUGUGAAAUCCACCCUUGAAUGAUUAAAGGGGAAUUGACUGUUAAUUCAUAGGGUUAGACUCGGCCCUAGGCUGCUGCAUGGACUUCAUUUUAACUUCACUGUGAAUGAGAGUUGCACAAAAAACAGCUGAGAGCUCUUUGAGAUCUUUGGCUUGUGAUAUCAGUGCAGCAGUGGACAGACAAGACUAUGAAAACUGAUGAAAAAAAAGCUUUAUCUAGCAUUAAAACUCAUCAAUAGUCCCUUACACUGCUUAGCGUAUUAUCUAUGCAUUAAAUAGCUGCAAUGUACUCUCCAAAUGAGUGGUUGAGGCUCAAACUGUAGUUGUGUUUUUUUUAUAAUAAGCUGCUAAAGCUGCAGAGGUCUGAGUAGUGCAGUGGUGCUGGAUGUGGAGUGGUAUGGGCUUGGAUAAAGUAUCCACGGCAUGCAGUUGUAUUUGCCAGCUAAUAUUUCACAGUUGCCUACCAAAGUGUUUAAGCUCACCAAGACUUGUUAUUCUUUGUAAGAUGAAUAAUCAUAGAUUAAAGAAUGUACAAGGAUACCUUUCAUGGGGAUCUUCCAGUGAUUGUGCUAAAUGAAAUAGUGGGGAUAUUGCUCUUGUGUUUUAGCAAAGAAAUCUACCUUUUGCUAGUCAAUAAAUGGCGACUUUCAGCCAAAUAACAGCGACACUUGCUGUUUGCUCUCAAAAAUGGGUUUUUACAUACAGAGAAGUGGAGCCGACAGUGUGCUUAUCUAAAGUGACUGCAUAUGGUAAAGGAGAGAAAGAAACCCAUCGCAGCAGGCGAAAAAAGAGUGUGGCAUGAUUUGUGUGGUUGUGUCCAGUUCUCCAGACUAGAAGAAGCUAUUUCUGGGCAGAAUGAACACCUCUGUAACAGCAACGAACACCAAUUUAUGCAAAAUGCGGCACCACAGAGCUGGUCACUGUGGGCUCUGGUACUGUGGGCUACAGAUGCAACAGAAAAUUAACGGUGCAGGGAUAAUAAAAAAAAUGCAAAAAAUCUCUUCAUGGAGACACCUUCUUAACUGUCCCAUGAAAUCAUUGCCAGGGUUCAUGCAUUAGAGCUAUUUAUUUUGUUUGGGUGUAGGUUAAAUACAUUGUUCUUUUAUUUAUUCACUUAUUUAUUCAGUAUUUAUUGUUUAUUUAUGUACUGAUUCUAAUUAUUUUACUGGUUUUAUUCCAUUAGCGUGUAUUUUUACUUUCCUACAGUUUAUUAUUUUAUCCAAUUGUGGUUAGAAUUAACAUUACUACAAAAACGAUGGCCAUAAUCAUGGUUUCCUGCUCCUGUUGUAGUGUGGUUUCAUAUGCAUAUGAAAUAAACAAAGUACUUUACCAUCCCUGUCAUGCUGUGGUUUGUUUUUGUGCACUUGUGCUCAGGUUCUAACCCCAUCCCUUUUCCUUUCACCUAUCUGAGCAUCUCCCACGUCAGUCUUCCACAGGCCUUUUCUCUGCAGCUCGCCCUGCAGCCCCCAUGCCCUGCUCCAUCCCUCUCUUUAUCUCUGUCCCUCUAUAGUGAGGCAGUGACCCUGGGUGUGCACUGUUUGGGAUGACCUCAUCUUCAGCUCUACCUCCCUCUCUGUGUCUCUCGCUCUCUCUCUGGCCUGUAUAAUAGGAGCAGGAUUAGGGCUAUAAUAGCGCCCUGGCUGCUCACUGCCGGAGUCUAUUGUGGCUUUGUGUGGGAGGGACGCACCACCGCUCAUGGCCACACUCACAUUUUGACAGAAAACAUGUCCAAAUAUACACUCCUUGGAUCAGGGACAAGAGUUGACUUGAUUUAAUAAAACACAAAUGAGUCAUGUGUGUCUUCAAUAAGGACACAAGGGAGAAGAAGAGAGAGACAGACUGAUAGAGCUGAUAGACAGGUAGGUAUGUUGCCAUAUGCGUCUUGCUACCAAAGGAAUACCCAGAUGACACAUUUUAAACAUAAUAUAUCCCGCAAGGACACACACACACACACACACACACACACA